AUGUCUCGAUUCUUUCGCGCCGCAGGCGACUCCGAUUCCGACAGCUCUUCCUCUGAGGAGGAGGAGCUCAUGUCCAGCGAAGAGGAGGGACAGAAAUCCACCGCCCCAGCGAAGCCCGCCAUGUCACGGUUUUUGAAGAGUACCGCGGACUCAGACGAUUCCGACAGCUCGUCCGAUGACGAGGAGGAGAUGAGCAGCGAUGAAGAUGAGGGGGAGAAGAAAAAGGUCAGCAAGUUCCUCAAGAAGCCGGGUGCGGAUUCCGAUUCGGACGACGGUUCGGACGACGACGUGAAGCGGGUGGUUAAAAGCGCGAAGGACAAGCGGCUAGAUGAGCUGGAGUCGACGGGGAAGCAGAUGGACAAUGCCCUGAAGAUCAACGACUGGGUCGCGAUCUCUAACGAGUUCGACAAGCUUGUACGGAUGGUUCAGAGGUCCCAGAACCUUGGUGAACCCGUCCACCCCUUCGUCCUUCAAACGCUCGUCGAUCUCGAGGGCUCACUCAAUGCGGCUGUGGCGAAGGACAAGGAGUCGAAGAAAAAGAUGAACGCCAGUAACGCCCGUGCGCUCACUGCUGUCAAGCAGAAGGCGAAAAAGCUGUCGAAGGAGUUCGAGGCUGAGUUGAAGCGUUUCCAGGAGGAUCGGGAAGGAUUCGAGAGGGAUUACAACGCACUUGUGCUUCCUGAUGCCGCCCCGAAGCCAGUUCCAAAGGUCAAGAAGGUCAAGAAGACUUCCGACGAUGAGGAGGAGGAUGACGAUUUCACGACUGUUGGCAAAGGUGGCAAAUCUAUGCAGUUCACCCCGGAAAGUAUCUUCAAGAACCUGCAAGCGAUCCAGGAGGCUCGCGGUAAAAAGAACACGGAUCGUACGGAGCAAAUCCGCAUUUUGGAAAAACUUCUCGAGGUUUCUGUGACCUCCUACCAGCGGAUACGCAUUCUGUUGGCCCUCAUCGCUUCUCGUUUCGACUACAACUCUUCUGUGGCGACCCACAUGCCUUCUGACCUAUGGCUCUCCGCUCAGCAAGAGGUGGACAAGCUGAUCGCCAUCGUCGCGAACGAGCCCGAGUACUCCAUCCAGGAGAUCACGGAGGACUAUGACGAGCUCACGGAGCGGUCACCACAGACGGAGAAGGACGGCGUCGUUCGAAUCCGCGGCAGCGUCAUCAGUUUUGUUGAUCGACUGGACGACGAAUUCACGAAGUCUCUUCAGAACAUCGACCCUCACGGCACCGAGUACGUUGAUAGGUUAAAGGACGAGAAGGGUCUCUACUGCACGAUCUGCCGCGCUCAAGCACUCUACGAAAAGGUGAAACAGGAUGACCCUCUUGGCCGAGUCAUCAUGAGGCGUUUGGAGCACAUCUACUCGAAGCCAGACCCGGUCGUCCUUGCGCUCGAGGCCGCUGUCACCAUAUCAGACAUCAAGCCUUCUACGAUCCUAUCCUCCGACAGUCAAACGUCCCUCCUCAUCCACUCCCUCUGCGUCCAUCUUUACAAGUCUGGCAACUCCCUCCUCCGUACACGUGCAAUGCUCUGCCACAUCUACCACUUCGCCCUCCACAACGACUUCCACACUGCCCGCGACAUGCUGCUCAUGUCACACUUGCAAGAGUCCAUUCACAACGCCGACGUCGCAACGCAAAUCCUCUACAACCGGACGGUUGUCCAGCUUGGCUUGAGCGCAUUCCGUUGCGGUCUCAUCAAGGAGUCGCAGGCCACUCUCCAAGACAUCUUCGCUACUCAGCGCGUCAAGGAGCUCCUUGCGCAGGGUGUCCACCAGCAGCGCUACCAGACCCUCAACGCAGAACAGGAGAAAGCCGAGCGUCAACGCCAGUUCCCCUUCCACAUGCACAUCAACACUGAGCUGCUCGAGGCAGCAUUCCUCGUUUCCAGCAUGCUCGUCGAGAUCCCCCUUCUCGCCAGCAUCGAUUCGGAGGAGCAGAAGCGCAAGGCGAUCUCGAAGCCCUUCCGCCGCCUCCUCGACUUCGCCGACCGCCAAGUGUUCACAGGCCCGCCGGAAAGCACGCGCGACCACAUCAUGCAGGCUAGCAAGGCGCUCCAAAACGGCGAGUGGGAGAAGUGCCGGGACCUGAUCCAGAGCAUCAAGAUCUGGAGCCUGAUGCCCGAGUGCGCGUCGGUGAAGGACAUGCUCGCGAAGCGGAUCCAGGAGGAGGGCCUACGCACCUAUCUCUUCACCUACGCGCCGCACUACCGCACCCUCUCGCUCUCCCUCCUCGCCCGCACGUUCUCGCUACCACUCCGGACUGUGACGAGCCUGGUGUCGAAGAUGAUCUGGAACGAGGAGCUCGCGGCCGCGCUCGACCAGCAGGCCGGCGUCGUCGUCUUCAACCGCAUGGACCUCACGCGCACGCAGCAGCUCGCGCAGACGCUCGCGGACAAGGUGAACGCGCUCGUGGAGCAGAACGAGAAAGCGCUCGACCAGAAGCUCGGCGUGAGCUCGACGUGGAACGACCGCGCGGACGGCGGCAAGGGCGACAAGCGCGGCGAGCAGACGCAGGAGCGCAAUCGCCGUGGGGACAGGGCGCGGGGCUCGGCUCGUGGUGGUGCGAGGGGACGAGGUGCGCGGUUCGCACAGGGUCUUGGGUCACAAAUGGCUGGCAACACGCAAAGAAACCGGUGA